AAAGUAUAAGAUAAAAUUUAAGUUUAGAAUUUUAUACAUGACUAUCUAGAUCUUAGUUUGUUUUUCUCCUCUUCCUUUCUUCCCCUCUUCCUCUGAGACAGGGCAUCAUUACAUAGUACUGGCUGGUCUAGAACUUUGAUAUAGACCAGGCUGGCCUAAAACUCAGAGAGGUCUACCUGCCUCUAGCUCCAAGUGCUGAGGUUAAAGGUAUGCGCCACCACCCUUGGCCAGUGCUUUGUAGUUUGGGGAUGUUCUGUCCUUAGCAUCUAGUUUGAAAGCCUGUUCAGUUGUCUGUGGGGCAUGUACAGCUGACUGGCUUUCGAGUGUGUGCAUAGACAGUUACAUGAGCCACAGUUUCUGGGUUUAAUGCUUUCUGCUGCUCUUUUAGUACCUCUGUAACUAAUUGGAGUUUAGGAUACACUGCUUACUUAUUCUCAAAACCGUUUCCUUUAUGUGAGUGCUCAUUUCUAGUUUAGAUAAUCUAGUAAAAGCAACUUCGGCUAUCUCCAUUUGAAAGCCCACAAGUUUGAGGUCUCAGCUAAGGAAAUGAUUAAGCCUAAGUUGUUUCCUUUGUUUUUUAAUUUGGUGGCAGUGUGAGGCUAGUUCAGAAGUCAUUGCUCAGGACUGACAGAACCUAAGCCACAGGCCCUCAGGGAGUGUGGGAAGAGGAUGGGAGACUGCACCUUCGCUGUGUUUUGAAGUCCUCUCCCUACCUGCGCUUCAGUUGUAGCAAGAUUCUGGGAAAGUGUGCACCAGCUUCUUAAUGUAGAUACCAUGGCAAAGAGGAAUACAGUGAUAGGGACACCGUUUUGGAUGGCUCCUGAAGUUAUUCAGGAAAUCGGGUACAACUGUGUGGCAGACAUCUGGUCUCUGGGAAUCACGGCCAUAGAAAUGGCUGAAGGAAAGCCCCCAUACGCUGACAUCCAUCCAAUGAGGGCAAUAUUCAUGAUUCCUACAAACCCUCCUCCCACAUUCCGUAAGCCCGAGGUGUGGUCGGACAACUUCAUGGAUUUCGUGAAGCAGUGUCUGGUAAAAAGCCCGGAGCAGAGAGCCACAGCCACUCAGCUCCUCCAGCACCCGUUUGUUAAGAGCGCCAAGGGAGCGGCCAUACUGCGAGACUUAAUUAACGAGGCCAUGGACGUGAAACUGAAGCGCCAGGAAGCCCAGCAGCGGGCAGUGGACCAGGACGACGAUGAGAACUCAGAGGAGGAUGAAAUGGACUCUGGCACGAUGGUUCGAGCUGCGGGUGAUGACAUGGGCACUGUCCGAGUAGCCAGCACGAUGAGCGGCGGAGCCAAUACUAUGAUUGAGCACGGUGACACAUUGCCAUCCCAGCUGGGUACCAUGGUGAUCAACACGGAGGAUGAGGAAGAGGAAGGAACCAUGAAAAGGAGAGAUGAGACCAUGCAGCCUGCAAAACCGUCUUUUCUUGAAUACUUUGAACAAAAAGAAAAGGAAAAUCAGAUCAACAGCUUUGGCAAGAAUGUAUCUGGCUCUCUGAAGAAUUCUUCAGAUUGGAAAAUACCUCAGGAUGGAGACUACGAGUUUCUGAAGAGCUGGACUGUGGAGGACCUUCAGAAGCGGCUCUCUGCCCUCGACCCCAUGAUGGAGCAGGAAAUGGAAGAGAUCCGGCAGAAAUACCGCUCCAAGCGGCAGCCAAUCCUGGAUGCCAUCGAAGCCAAGAAGAGGAGGCAACAGAACUUCUGAUGACACCAGCCCAGCCUUUGGUGGCUUCUGGGUUGCUAGACUCGUGUCUGUUAGCCAGCACUUCUGCUCUGUCAUUUAUCCACAGCACCUUUGUGAACUCAGGAAUGCACGCCAGUGGGAAGGGCUACUCGACAGUCAUUGUGCCAUUUGGUGUGAGCAUUUACACCAGCAAGGUGUAUCUUGAAGGGUUUGUAUUGGUGCUUUUAACUCAGAAAUUUAGACCCCAGGAGCAGAGACUCCUAGUUCAGUGACAGCUGGGACAUUUUUUUUUUUUUUUACAUUGUUUCUUUUGUUUUCCUCCUAGUAAUAGCUUUUGGUUGCUCGCCCUGGAAUACUUUUUAAAAAUCUAUAAAUAUGCAUAUAUAUAAAUUAUAAAUAGACCCCCCACUCCGUGUGGGGGUAUCUCUGUACAGGUACAGUUUCAAACACUUUGCCUCUUUCCUGUGAGAUUAUGGUACUGUGCAGCAAGAGAGCAGAGGACACUGGGAGACUUAGCUUGUCACUGAAUCCCAGGAGUCAGCGUCAUCUGUUACAGAGCUGCAUGGAGAAAUUAGUCUUGGGAUGGAUGUGCUACCACAGUGACAAGCCUCGUGUGGUCACCACUGGUCUCCAAAGCUGUCGGUGGCCGGGAAAAAGCCUGGAGAACUUGAGUUGGCUCCUUGAGUCCCAGGAGAAGCCUUUGCUCUCCCAACGCCUUUCAUGCAUCCCCACCCUCCCAGCUGCCUGCAGUCACACCUCAGAUCCUGCCCAGUGCCUUAAGAGGAGACACAUCUGUGAAAGGACAGGCAACCAAGAACUCUCCAGCAAACAGGGCCCUCAGCAGUCCAAAAACCUCGCUGUUGAUGGGGACUCACACACGGCAUUCAUUCCUUCGAUACAGGGUAAAGGGCACUGCUUUCAUGGUCCACAUUCAAAUACGUGAUUGUUUAUUUUAUUUUUUUCACUCACUGUGGAGGCUGUGACAAGGGUAAAUUAAUGCCAGACUGAGGCUCACUCAGAAUGGCAGAGCUGGAAGGGCCUGUGGCAGUCAUUGGGUCCGACCUUGUAUUGUCCCAGUGGGAAAAUGAGACUUAGAGGAGAGGUGACUUUGUCAAUGUCACAAAUCAAGUUAGAAGCAGGGAUGAGAAUUCAGAGCCUUUGUUCUGGGCCACUGGACCAAGAACCUCUUCACUGAGAAUGAAGAAUUGUAGACCAGGUUGGCCCAGGAACCCCUGCUCGCUCUUUGCCUCUUUGGUACCCAAGCUGCUGUGGAAAGGCUCCCCAGGGCAGCCAUGUCAUUCUGUCUCAGCAUACCAGCGGUGUCUUACGGUGUCUCCCAGCUACAGACAGGCACUCACGAAAGGCCUGCAGCGGGGUGGAGGGCUUUGCAAAGACAGUUACAGAGUCAUCUCUGCGCCCUUAGCUCAAAACUGCAGCCAGAAGGAACUGGGAAGGCAGUUGCCUUUUAUUUCUUCCCCUUUCGUCCCUCUGAUGGGGCUGCACCUGAGGACACGGAAACUCGACUCCUUUAAUUGCCUUUGCUCCCUAACUGGAGAGUCGAUAAAAAGGCAGGGGAUGUUCUGUUCUGUGACCAGACUCUGUUCUUUGCAGUUAAAGCAAGCUUUAAAAAAUGCAAGAGGCAGCUGGUCUGCAGGACGCAGCCAGCAAAGCAACUGUGCAACAGAGAGGAUUAGAGGACCGUUUGAGGAUCUUGCUGGGAUGAUAAAUGGUGGCCAGCACUCUGGGUAGCAGGCGGCAGGCACUGAGCAAGGUGUUCUACAGAUUCAUCGGGGUCCCCUGUGCUCGCUAACUAAGUUCUUUCUCAUAUGAUGAAAUUGAGUUUGAAAGAUUCCUCCCCACGACACCGUGGAUCUGGAUGCCUUGGCAUCCUGUCAGGCUAGCAGUCCCAGAAAUCGGGAAGUCCAAAACGCUUAGAAUGAAGUGACCGCGGCUUCUCACCAAGUGUAAGUGGUAUUUUUUUUUUUUUUUUUUUGGUUCUUUUUUUCGGAGCUGGGGACCGAACCCAGGGCCUUGCACUUCCUAGGCAAGCGCUCUACCACUGAGCUAAAUCCCCAACCCCAAGUGGUAUUUUUUUUUUAAAGGUUAGAAACCAGAUGAAUUAAUAGUCCUGUCCCCCAGUCAAAUUAAUAGUCCUGUACCCCAAUCAAGAAAGUUUUUAAAAACCCAAAACAGGGAGGACAUGCGUAACAUUUGCUAUGCUUACUUGGUAACCCAGCCUCAGCUCUUUCCUCUUGAAGAAAAAGGAUUUGGGCUUUGCCAGACAGAAGGGAAAAGCCCAUGACUCCCUUCUGAAGCAAGGUGGGAGUACCAGAAAGUGGUUCUCCUGUGAGCCUCCAUCCGAGUCUGUGGUUGCAAGUGUGUCUGUGAAGCCCUUUGCCAGAAGCCAGUUGUUUGAGGUCCCUGGUGAGGAGCAUGCGAUGUUCAGUGACAGUCAGGGGAGCAAACCACUCUUCCCCUGAGGACCGAGUCCCAGGAAGCUUCACUUCCCUGGAGCCUGAGCCCUUGAGACUCUGGCCAGCCUCUCUGCUCCAAGACGCUGAGGCCUACACCUAAAUUUUCUUUUCAACAAACAAACCUCAUGCUCUCUUAAAAGUUUUGUAGUUUUGCUCCCAUUCAUAAAUUUGAAGCACAUUUCCAAUUUUAUUUCCUUUAUAUAUUUUUUAUUUUAUAGAAGAUUUUAUAUAUAAGAUUUUAUACUCCCCAGUAGAUUAGACAAGAAUUUGACAGGCUGGGAGUGAGAAAGAUGGUUGGGUUGUGUGGAUGAACAGGGGCAGCAAUCGAAGCCUCAGGAGUUGAGUCUUACACUGUAGAGUAGAACCUGGCAACGCCAGAAACUUCCUUUACCAUUUAAAACUCAAUAGCCCUGUCUAAUGUCAGGAAGGAGAAGGAUGGCGCUGUAGGCCCUGCAGAUUCUCAGAGCCGUAAUAACAGAGUAUUAUGAACAGCUUCAUGCUGAUACACUCACCAGCUAAAGUGAAGUGGACGGAUACCCAGAAAAUGUCAAAGGAACUAAGCUUACUCAGAGACAAAAUGGGCAGUCGCAACAGCCCCCAGCCCCUUUCCUACCAGAACUCGGUAGCUCUGAGAGACACGGAUAUCUCUUCCUUCAAAGGAUCUGACACUCUGGUAGCAACUGUUCCUCAAGGUCAUGCCAGCAGAGUGUGACAGAGUCUUACUCCACUGUCCUUCCCAGCAUACCUUUUGGUCCCUAAAGACUGCCAUUCUUCAUCUUGGAGGAAAUUGUUCCCACUCAAACCACACCCCUCACCUCACCGUUCUCAGCCUUUUCUAAGGACCGUGUUUGUAUUUUUAUUUGGAUGACACGCAUCGUUUUUGGAAUCCAUGCUCUCUGUGUUUAGACGGGAGGUCUCUUCCACCAGCCUGCACUCAGACCAACUUGGAAAGAAAAAAAAAUCUGAAAUGCUGUUGCUGAUGUACAAUUUAAAAAGAAAAUGUGAAGUUUGUAGCUUUAAUCUUUUGUAACAAAAACUAAUUAACACUGGCUUCAGUGCUGACCGGAAAUGCUAUUUUGUAAGGUUUGGCUGUAAAUAAUAGAGCUCAGCUGUUUGUAUAUGUGUGAAACAUAGCUUCCUCCACUGCCGUGUUCUUUUAACUUGAGGUACCUCCUGUGUGCGUUUAUGUUAGAGUUGUCCCCCCUCACCCCUCCCCCAACACCUGUCACCCUUGCGUUAAAUAAACUGUCCUUUAGACCACA